UCACCUGGGCGCCCGCACUCGCGCGCACGGGGGGACAGAUCUGGGCAAAGCGGGCAGCACCUGCCUCCCAGAGACCCCGUCAGCCAGCCGUGGGAGGCAUUCCAGCACUCCCCAGUGCCUCCCCAAGUAGUGCCCGAAGCGACUCCCCAAAGGGCCCCAGGUGCCCCCACCCCGGGACUGCCCAGGCAGAUCGAACGCAUCGUCCCGAACCGGAGCUCGCAGCAGCCUCUCGCCUCCCGCGUCCAGUCUCUCAGCCCCCAGCCCUCCUCACGCACCUGGCAUGCGAGUCCCCUUCUUUCUACCUCAGUAACCUUGACUUAAAAGAAAGAUUUGAAACAUGUCGUCGGAAUUUUGGUUAAUUUCUGCCCCUGGAGAUAAGGAGAAUUUGCAGGCUCUCGAACGGAUGAACACAGUAACCUCCAAGUCAAAUCUGUCUCACAACACCAAAUUUGCCAUUCCGGACUUCAAGGUGGGCACCUUGGAUUCUCUUGUUGGUCUCUCAGAUGAGUUGGGGAAGCUUGAUAGCUUCGCAGAAAGCCUUAUAAAGAAGAUGGCUCAGUGUGUGGUAGAAGUUAUGGAAGAUGCGAAGGGCAGAGUUCAUGAGAACCUGUUGGCCAAUGGAGUUGACUUAACAUCCUUUGUGACCCGCUUUGAAUGGGACAUGGCCAAGUAUCCUGCCAAGCAGCCUCUUGUGGUUGUAGUGGACACACUAGAAAAGCAACUGGCACAAAUAGAAACAGACCUGAAAAACCGAACAGCUGCCUACAACACACUGAAAGGAAACCUGGAGAAUCUGGAAAGGAAAUCCUCAGGAAACCUCUUAACUCGGACGUUAGCGGAUAUCGUGAACAAAGAAGAUUUUGUGCUAGAUUCAGAGUAUCUCGUCACUCUCCUGGUGAUAGUUCAAAAGCCAAACUAUUCGCAGUGGCAAAAAACAUACGAAUCCCUCUCAGACAUGGUGGUUCCUCGGUCAACCAAGCUGAUUGCUGAAGAUAACGAGGGAGGCCUCUUCACAGUCACCCUGUUUCGGAAAGUGAUUGAUGAUUUCAAAGUCAAAGCUAGAGAAAAGAAGUUCAUUGUCCGUGAAUUUUUCUAUGAUGAAAAAGAAAUUAAAACUGAAAGGGAAGAGAUGACUAAAUUGCUUUCUGAAAAGAAGCAACAGUAUCAAACUUCACGUGUUGCCCUUAAAAAGAGCAAAAAAGGCCGUAGUGGGCCUGCCGGGCAGACGGACAAAGAGAAAGAGAGUGAGGGAGAGGGUGAGGGUCCCCUUUUGCGCUGGCUGAAGGUGAACUUCAGCGAAUCGUUUAUUGCCUGGAUUCACAUAAAGGCUUUGAGAGUAUUUGUUGAAUCAGUGCUGAGGUAUGGACUACCCGUGAAUUUUCAGGCAGUGCUUUUGCAACCCCACAAGAAGGCCACCACCAAACGUUUAAGAGAGGUUCUAAACUCAGUCUUCAAACACCUGGAUGAAGUAGCAGCAGCAAGCAUAUUGGAUGCUUCUGUGGAUAUUCCUGGAUUACAACUAAAUAACCAAGAUUAUUUUCCUUAUGUCUACUUUCACAUUGACCUGAGUCUUCUUGACUAGCUUUUUAAGAGUCUGGUAACUCUAAAAUAGCCUUAUUUCAUGUCUUCAUGUAAUCAAAUUAAACUGUAGAGAUGCUAUGUUCUCUAAGUUAGAGAAUUUUUACAAAUGCUUCAGAAUAGUAACUACUUUAUAAGAAAAAAUGGCCUAGAAUUUAGAAUGUUACCACAAAAAUUACUCACAAAAAUUAGUUAUGGUUGUAUUUAUUUUUUUGUAAGUUACAAUAAAGAAAAGCUCCCAUAGUCUUUGAA